AUGAGUAUAAAACGGGUAUUUGAGUAUUUUCCAAAGCUGGGAAGUCAGCUGAAGAAAGGUGAAUGUGGCAGAAUCGCCGUGGUGGGUGGAGCUCUCGAAUACACCGGAGCUCCAUACUUUUCAGCGAUGGCACCGAUGAAAAUAGUAAGGAUAUGUCAAAUAUAUAAAACGUAUUGAAGGGAGCCGACUUGAGUUACCUAUUUUGUCCAUCAGAAGCAGCUCCGGUGAUUAAGACCUACAGUCCCGAACUGAUCGUAUACCCGACCCAAGAAUUCGACAAAAUUGAAAAGCUGAUUGGACGGAUUGACAGUUUGGUCAUCGGACCGGGAUUGGGACGAGACAAGGAUGUUCAUGUGCCUUUGAUUAAAAAGAUUCUAGCAUCUGUACGAAAACAAAAGGCUCUGUCAGUAGUCAUCGACGCUGUAAGAAUGUUGUUUGGUUUGUUAACUGUUAUCAUUUCUAUCCUCAUAUAAUUUAUAAUUGUUGUGUUUAGUAUUUUUAAUGUAUAAUUAGGUGGUUAAACCGUACGCCGUCAUUUGGGACAAAACGACAUUUGGGACAGCGACAUUUGGGACAAUUAAAAAUCCAUUACUUUUUCACUAUACCUGAUCCCUACCCAUGACCUUGUAGGCCCUACCUGACCCCACCCCUGACUUUUUUGGCUCUGCCCGACCCCGUCCCUGACCUUGCUGGUCCUACCCAACCCCUACCCCUGACCUUGUUGGUCCUACCCGACCCUACCCCUACCAUUUUUUGGCCCUACCUGGCCCUACCCCCUAACCUUUUUUUGUAGGGGGGGGGGUAGGGCCAAAAAGGUUAGGGGUGGACUUGGGUAGGGCUAAUAAGGUCAGGGGUAUGGUCAGGUAGGGCCAAAAAGGUUAGGGGUGGGGUCAGGUAGGGCCAAAAUAAUCAGGGGUGGGGUCAGGUAAGGCCAAAAAGGUCAGCGGUGAGCUUGGGUAGGGCCAAAAAGGUCAGGUGCUGGGUCAGGUAGGGUUAGAAAAGUCAAAAGUUGGGUAAGGCUUAUAGGGCCAAGGGAAGGGUUGGGUAGGGCUAAUAGGGUCAGGGGUGAGGUUGGGUAGGGCCAAAAAGGUCAGGUGCUGGGUCAGGUAGGGUUAGAAAAGUCAAAAGUUGGGUAAGGCUUAUAGGGCCAAGGGAAGGGUUGGGUAGGGCUAAUAGGGUCAGGGGUGAGGUUGGGUAGGGCCAAAAGGGGUCAAGGGUAGGCCAAAAAAGUCAGGGGUGGGGUCAGGUAGGACCAACAAGGUCAGGGGUGGGGUAGGGUAAAAUGAAAAGUAAUGGAUUUUUAAUUGUCCCAAAUGUCGUUUGUCCCAAAUGUCGCUGUCCCAAAUGACACCCUGCCGGUUAAACUUAUACUUUACAAUUUCAUUAUUUUGAAAGUAAUCUUCAUUGAGUUUAGGAUGGACUGUUCUUUAUGGGUGAUUGUAUUCAAGAGCUAAAGGCUUGUCCCAAUGUUAUAUUGACUCCCAAUCACCGAGAAUUUGACCGGUUGUACGAAACAGUAUUCAGUGAUCGCAAGAGUGAGGGAUCGGCCGAAAAUGUAAAGGAAUUAGCCAAGGAACUCGGAGUGAUUGUGUUCCGAAAGGGUGAAGAAGACUUCAUUACUAACGGAGAUCAAUGUAAGUACUUUUAACUAUAUGGGUUAUGAUCAAUUUAAGGAAAUGGGUACAAAAAUUUUGCUCUUAACUUUUUAAAAACCCUUAUGUAUGCUUUAUAAACAGGUUUGGUGAUUACUUGAUUCUUAAUUGAAAUUUAGUUGAGAAGGGUACCGAAAAAGGUUGUGACAGAAGAUGUGGAGGACAAGGUGACCUUCUGUCUGGUACCAUCGCCCUAUUUUCGUAUUGGGUGAAACUUAAAAAUGGUGACGAUUCAAUCAACGCAACUCAUCUUAUCAAAGGUGGUCAUCUGGCCAGCGACUUCAUCAGAUAUUGUUCACGAUACACCUUUUCAAAUGUCGGACGUUCUAUGAAUGCUGCUGACAUUUUAGAUAAUAUUAGACAUGUUGUCAAAGAGAACGAUGUAUAG